UCAGAACACUUCCACUUUCUGUUGUGAAAGAAAAACCAGGAAGUGAAGUCCCCGAGCACGUUAGAAGCCCGCUGUGGCCUGACUCCUGACUCAGGGCAGCUCAGACUCAGGGCUGACCGCUUGGAACCAGAGAUCCUCAGCCUGCAGGGAUGCUCUGAAGCCCCCCUGACCCUGGAGGAGCUGAGGUGAGGGGUGAGGACUUACAGCGACUCGUGCCAGGACUCACCGGCACUCAGAGCCAGGAGGUUCCAUUUGCUGGGAGCACCAAGAGAUGUGGUCCCCUCACAGGGCUUGAAUUUCCUGCUGCUAUUCAUAAAGAUGCUUUUUAUCUUUAACUUCUUGUUUUCCCCACUUCCAACCCCGGCACUGAUCUGCGUCCUGACCUUCGGAGCUGCCAUCUUCCUGUGGUUGGUUAACAGACCUCAGCCCACCUUGCCUCAUGUUGAUCUGAACAAGCAGUCGGUGGGAAUUGAGGGAGGAGCACGGGGAAGUAUUUUCCAGAAGGACAAUGACCUACUACACUACUACUUCUCAGAUGCCAAGACGCUAUAUGAAAUCUUCCAAAGAGGACUUGCUGUGUCUGACAAUGGGCCUUGCUUGGGAUAUAGAAAACCAAACCAGCCCUACAGAUGGCUGUCCUACAAACAGGUGUCUGAUCGAGCAGAGUACCUGGGCUCCUGUCUCUUGCAUAAAGGACAUACACCAUCACAAGACAGCUUGGUUGGCAUCUUUGCUCAGAAUAGGCCAGAGUGGGUCAUCUCUGAGUUCGCCUGUUACACGUACUCCAUGGUGGCUGUGCCCCUGUAUGACACCUUGGGAGCAGAGGCUGUCAUAUACAUCAUCAACAAGGCUGAUAUCACCACGGUAAUCUGUGAUACACCCCAAAAGGCAUUAGUCCUGAUCAGUAAUGUGGAAAAGGGCCUCACCCCAGGCCUGAAAUUGGUCAUCCUCAUGGAUCCCUUUGAGGAAGACCUGAAGAAGAGAGGGGAGAAGUGUGGAGUUGAAAUCUUAUCCCUGUUUGAUGCUGAGAAUUUAGGCAAAGAGAACUUCAGAAAACCCGUGCCUCCUGCUCCAGAAGAUCUGAGCAUCAUUUGCUUUACCAGCGGGACCACAGGUGAUCCCAAAGGAGCCAUGUUAACCCAUGCAAAUAUUGUUUCCAAUGUUUCUGGUUUUCUCAAAAGUGUGGAGGGUGUUUUUCAGCCCAGUCCUGAGGACGUGACUAUAUCCUACCUCCCCUUGGCUCAUAUGUUUGAUAGGGUUGUACAGGCUGUUGUAUACUCUUGUGGAGCCAAAGUCGGAUUCUUCCAAGGAGACAUUAGACUGCUGCCUGAUGACGUGAAGACCCUGAAGCCCACAUUGUUCCCUACAGUGCCUCGACUCCUUAACAAGAUCUAUGAUAAGGUACAAAACGAAGCCAAGACACCCUUGAAGAAGUUCUUGUUGAACUUGGCUGUUGCCAGUAAAUUCAGUGAAGUGAAAAAGGGUAUCAUCAGACGUGACAGUCUGUGGGACAAGCUCAUCUUUGGAAAGAUCCAGGAAAGCCUGGGUGGGAAGGUUCGGUUCCUGAUCACCGGAGCUGCCCCCAUCUCACCUCCCGUCUUGACAUUCCUCCGGGCAGCAAUGGGAUGUCUGGUGUUUGAAGCUUAUGGUCAAACAGAAGGCACUGCUGGCUGUACAAUUACAUUACCUGGGGAUUGGAAAUCAGGCCACGUUGGAGUCCCCAUGGCUUGCAAUCAUGUGAAGCUGGAAGAUGUACCUGAUAUGAACUACUUUGCCGUGAACAAUGAAGGAGAGAUCUGCAUCAGGGGCCCCAAUGUGUUCAAAGGGUACCUGAAGGACCCCGAGAAGACACAGGAGACCUUGGACAAGGAUGGCUGGCUUCACACAGGAGACAUUGGUCGCUGGCUCCCGAACGGAGCUCUGAAGGUCAUCGACCGAAAAAAGAACAUUUUCAAGCUGGCCCAAGGAGAAUACAUUGCUCCAGAGAAGAUAGAAACUAUCUACAUCAGGAGUAGUCUGGUGUCGCAGAUUUUUGUACAUGGGGAAACCUUACGGUCAUUCUUAGUGGGAGUGGUGGUUCCUGACCCGGAUGCACUUCCCUCAUUUGCAGCCAAGAUUGGGGUAAAGGGCUCUAUUGAAGAACUGUGUCAAAACCAAACUAUAAAGAAAGCCAUAUUAGAAGACAUACAGAAAACUGGGACAGAAGGUGGCCUUAAAUCCUUUGAACAGGUCAAAUGCAUCCAUCUACAUCCAGAACCAUUUUCCAUCGAAAAUGGACUCUUGACACCAACCUUGAAAGCAAAGCGGGGAGACCUUGCCAAGCACUUUGGGACUCAAAUCAAGAGUCUGUAUGAGAACACCCAGGAGUAGCUUAAGUUUGCUGCUGAGCUGGAAGCUGUGGGUAAAGGAGCUGAAACUCACGUCAAGUGUAGCUUUCCAGUGAAUGAAGCAAGCACUGAGUAGCAGCCUCCCAGACUGGGAAUGAAGGCAUGAAGCCUGCACAGCAGCCAUAUCUCCUGGGAAGGAAUCGACUGAUCUUUCCUCCUGACUCCACUUCCUGCUGUACCUUACCUGCCUUCAACACUGAUAUCGCCUGAAAAUAUAAGGUGUUAAGAAUAAACUAUUGCAGACAACUGAA